GUAGCUAGCGGCGGACGCCAUAGGUGCAUUGUGGGAAGCACUUUGUUGUCCACAGCCAAGCCGCUUGUGAUGAAACUGUAACUUACAAGAAAAGGGCUGGGUUUUGAAAAUAACACAGGCUCUAAAAACCCUGGAAGCGGUGCAACUUUUGGCAGGAAUCGGGGUUAGCGGGACCUCAACGGCUCACUGCGGCUAAGUGAACGCUGACUGGUCCUCCAGCGUGAGCUAGAACAGACGUCUCUAUGGUCAAGUAAAUAGAGCGUGUGCUGUCUUCCCCGUGUGGUGGGGUUGCGCAUGAUCAGUAGCUGCACCACUAGAAAGAUGGCGGAGCAAGAGCAAAGAAAAAUCCCUUUGGUUCCAGAAAAUCUCCUGAAAAAGAGGAAGGCUUAUCAAGCCCUCAAAGCCACCCAGGCAAAGCAGGCACUUUUGGCAAAGAAGGAGCAGAGGAAAGGAAAAGGGCUCAGGUUUAAGCGACUGGAAUCAUUCCUACAUGAUUCCUGGCGGCAGAAACGUGACAUGGUGCGUCUCAGACGACUAGAAAUGAAACCUCAUGCCUUGGAAUUGCCAGAUAAACAUUCCUUGGCCUUUGUUGUACGCAUCGAAAGGAUUGAUGGCGUGAGUUUACUGGUGCAGAGAACCAUUGCAAGACUUCGCCUAAAGAAAAUUUUUAGUGGUGUCUUUGUAAAAGUCACCCCCCAGAAUCUAAAAAUGCUGCGUAUAGUGGAACCUUAUGUGACCUGGGGAUUUCCAAAUCUGAAGUCUGUCCGAGAACUCAUUUUGAAACGUGGACAAGCCAAGGUGAAGAAUAAGACCAUCCCUCUGACAGACAACACAGUGAUUGAGGAGCACCUGGGGAAGUUUGGCGUCAUUUGCUUGGAAGACCUCAUUCAUGAAAUUGCCUUUCCAGGGAAGCAUUUCCAGGAGAUCUCAUGGUUCUUGCGCCCUUUCCACCUCUCAGUGGCCCGUCAUGCUACCAAAAAUAGAGUGGGCUUCCUCAAGGAGAUGGGCACACCUGGCUAUCGGGGUGAACGCAUCAAUCAGCUCAUCCGCCAGCUGAACUAGACCCAGGUGCCAAACUGCGGUAAAUUUUUUAUCAGUGAAGUGGAAGCAUGUGUUUUGUUGUUUGGGAAAUUUUUAUCAAGUAUCUUCAGAGAAGAUUAUUUCCUGCUUUAUCUUCAAAAACUGGAAAGGAAGGGUCAAAGAAAAGACAGUAGCUGGCCGGGCGUGGUGGCUUAUGCCUGUAAUCCCAACACUUUGGGAGGCUGAGGCAGGCGGAUCACCUGAGGUUGGGAGUUCAAGACCAGCCUGACCAACAUGGAGAAACGCCGUCUCUACUAAAAAUACAAAAAUUAGUCGGGCAUGGUGGCGCGUGCCUGUAAUCCCAGCUACUCAGGAGGCUGAGGCAGGAGAAUCUUAAACCUGGGAGGCGGAAGUUGCAGUAAGCCGAGAUCACGCCAUUGCACUCCAGCCUGGGCAACAAGCGAAACUCCGUCCAAAAAAAAGAAAAGACAGUAGCUUAUGUUCAUGUCAAGCACCUCUCAUCACAGUCUAGUUCCAAGGAAAAAUUCCAGCGUUUUCUACAUUGGGUGCUGUGUCGUCUGAAAUCGGCACAUUCCAUGGAGGAAGGAGUCCUGCUUUGUUGCAUCUAUCCUAGGGUUUAAUGUUGGUAAAUGAGUCAGUCUAGCAUUUGUACAAGGCUCCCUAAGACUCCUGCAGCAGUCGACCAAGCCCAAGGACAUAAUUGAAUCUGGAGAGUCCUGGGGCCUUGUUUUGAAAAAGACUUGAAAUACACAUAGGAAGAAAGGCAUAAAAAUAAAUGUUCACUUGUCUCUGC